AAUUGACUUUUGACAAUUGCCAAUUGCCAUAUUGUUUUUAGUGUUGGUUGAUAAAUUUAUAUGCGUUAGAAAUUAUAAUUCUUUUGAUAUAGCUACAUACUAAUUGCUCUUUAGGUCUCCUAAAGAGUUUUGAUCAGCCAUGAAUUCUCUUGUUGGCUAUGAAAGUGAUGAAGACAAUGAAACAGAACGAUAUAGUCGGGGACACCAUCAAUCGGGAGGCAGCCGCAGGAAAGAAGAUGACACAAACUAUGAGCAGGUCAACAUGGAUUUGAGUGAGGAGUCCCAGAGCGGCGAAUCAGAGCCCGAGCUACCGCCGGCCGAACCCAGGACGCCGCCCUCCAAACAUGACCGGAAAGAAUCUUACGAGAGCCGUGAUCGUGGUCGUGAUAGCGGCGCUAAAGAACGUGACCGUGAUAGCGGCGGUCGUGACCGCGAGCGUGGUAGCGACCGCGAGCGAGGCAGCGACCGCGAGCGAGGCGGUGACCGCGACCGGCGUGACAAGCGGCGGGAGUCACCGCGUCGUGACCGCGAACGGUCUGACCGUGAUCGACGGUCGCCACGACGCGAUGAUAAGUACAGAUCUGACCGCGACAGCAAGCGCGGCCUACUCGGUGACCGCCCCGUCGAUGAUAAGAACUCCAGAGAUUCGCGCGGGGUGCCGGCGCUGAUGGAUCUGAAGCCGUUCGGUGGGGAUGCGCCCCCCGACUACAAGUCACAAGACGCGAGGGACGCAGUGUCGCCAAGGUUUGUAGAGCGCGAUAGACGCGAUCGCGACGGAGAAGCACCCCGCGACCGUGACCGCGACCGCGACGAGCGAGAACACUCCCGCGACCGCGACGGACGCAGCCGGCGCUCAGAAGAGAGACGGUCUUCAGGGUCCAGCCGGAGCGGAAGAUCACGAUCCCGCGGCAACGGCUACCCGCCUCCCUACUCAACAAAUGACAGAGAGCGCAGAUCACCUACAUCCGGUGAAUACAGACCAUCCUCAUACAAAGUCAAUAAGAAGCUUGAAGUUAUGGAGAAAAUGGGUCUGCAGAUAAAGACCCCGGACGGAUCGAUGACGACGGCGCAGCAGUUACGAGCCGCGGCGGGAGAACCAUCCGGUCUGCCCUCCUACUCCAGCUCUAGCGCGACACGCAUCCUAGACCAGGUACAAAAGCGAAAGUUGCUAUGGGCCAACAAGAACAAAAGUGUAGAAGAUGAGGCAGCCAAGUGGACCGGCGCUAAGUUCGCACAGGACAACGACGGCAAGCAGGUGUCCAAGUUUAUGAGGCUCAUGGGAAUCAAGGAGCCAGCGGCUGUGAAACCUGCGCCUCCCGAUGUAGACCCUAACAAGAAACAAGAAGAGCUGUUCCAAGCGAUGCAGGCCCAGUAUGAGGUGGCCCGAGCAACCACACACACUAUGAGGGGUGUGGGGCUUGGCUUCCAGAGAGGACAAUUCUAAAGUGACCACUCUCACUAUACUAAAAUGUGAUUAUCAUAAUCUGCAUCCACACAUUGGCUGUGGUGAGUGUUUAGUUAUAUGACAAUGAAGCCGUUUGGAACCCAUGCUGAGUGUGUAAAUCAACAGAGCUCAACUCUGUGGCAGUUGAAAUAAUUUUUGAAGUGACAAUUUGUGUUUGCGUGUAUUUUGAAGUGUUAUUGUAAUAAGUGCUUAUCACAGCUCUAAAGGAUCAUACAUUAGUGUAUGUAAUAUGUAGUGUACUAUUGUUAUAAUAAAAGAAAACCUAUUAGGUCUUGUGACUCUUAGUAAUAUAAAUUUUCAUUUGAUUUUCAAUUCCAAAUGAAUGGAACUGUACCCUGAGAGUAAUUAUUUGCUUUUACUUUAUUAAAACCUUAAUAGACGUUCCUAGGUUGAUUUAUGAUUUUUGUGUCUGUACUGUUAGAUAUGCCAUGUUGUUUUAUUACUUUAGCCCACAACUGGCAUAGUUUAUUCGCUCUAAGAUAAUAAUAUAAGCACGUGUGUUUUUUAUGUUACUAUUACAGCAUUGUAUUAAUGAGUGUUGUAUCUUAUAGAAGUUAUAUUGUAUGUAUGUAAACAAAACAUUAUUAUUUCUCCUAUAGAGUUACUUUGUAACACAAAACAAAAAUAUUUCUUCCUUAGCUAUGGGAAUGUACAUUUGAGUUUGUGGUAAUAUGUCAUAAAUAUUAAUAAUAUUUGAUUUAUAUAGAGAUCGGUAUUUUUUAUUGCCCGUAUGUCGCGCUAUUGUAAAAACAAUAAUUUUCCACACAUUUACGUUAAGAUUUUCGUUGCGAUCUUGAUUAUUCAAUUUUUUCCAAUGCAAGGUGUCUUUAAAAACGAAUGACAAGCACAAAGGUUUGAUCAUGACACUCUCGCUACCCUUAUCGCGAUCGCCUGUGGCUCUUUCGCAUAUAAUACCACCUCGAGUGUAAUGAUCAAUGUAACACUAGGUUGUAUAUUAUCUACACCCCUGCUUUAAAUCUUCUAUUAAAGAUUCUAAAACAGCUUAUUGCCAACAUUAAAAUACAGUGUAAAAUUAAUGUCCUAAUAACCAUAACAUGAUCCAAACGAGUGUUGUAAUGAAAUCCAGUUACAUCAUCCGUUUUCAUUACAGCACUCGUUUGGAUGAUGUAAUGGUUACUAGGACUGGCCUUUUUAAUGUUAGCAGUAAGCUAACUGUUUCAUAAUCUUUUACAGAGGAUUCAUAUUAUGGGUGUAGAUAAAGUCUUGUAUGCAACUGUUGAUAAGAAGGUAUUAAAACAAUCAUGUGAUACAAUUAUCACCACUUUUGUGUUUUAUUAAUACCCCUUGGCUUAUUACACAGCAAUUGCAUAAAUAUUAUUUAACUGCGACAACACACAAUGACAAACCCAUAAAAUUUAUAUAUUUACUUUAACCAAUAUACCAAUAUUCGAAUAAUUAAUAUAUUUUUUAAUUGAAAACACUGAAUGUGACAAUUUCUUUUUGUAUUGUAGGGAUGUGUAGUCAUUAGUUUAUAAUGCUUAAGUUGAAGUGAGAUCACUUGAUAGAAGCUCGAGGUCUCUGUAUACACACAGCCAAUAAAAUAUCAAUAUUAGGCCAUGGUAUCUACAUUUUGUGAAUCACAAAAUUAACAAACGGAUGUAGCAUUUCGAUAUUCUACAACAAAGCUUGUUAGUUGUUUAUAAAUAAAACAGUGAUAGUAUGGUAUGGUUUGAACUGAAUCAAUUUACUAAUAUAUUCUAAGACGUGAUGCGGUACCAAUGAGUUCAUAUUGUAUCUGUGACAGGCUAAGUAACUAAUUACUGAAAGCACUUGUGACAGUUGUAGAAUGUAUGGUAAAUAUGUAAGAUUAUUUCUGUUAAAUAAAACUAUAAAAUAGAA